AUGUACAGCAGUCUGGCACUAUCUAUUUUCGCCAUAGCAACCGCUUCGCAGCAGAUCGUCGCCCUGCAAAGACUGGACUGCUACGAACACGGUCUAGAACUGAUUCGAAAUCUCCUAUCAAUCAAUAAUCAUCGCACCGACGAUAAAACUGAUAUGAAACCGAUCAAGAUAGCAUUUGUCGCCAGCUACCACUGGCAGAUGCCUGUUAUGCUCCAAGGCCACAGUCUUUACCUCUUCCUUUUGGCGAUGGGGCUGUUCGCUUAUCAUGAAUAUGGGAUUGACUGUGGCAUUGGGUUGACUCCGCAAUUGCAGAUCACGGUCAUACGGCUACAUCAUCAUUGGCCUCUCGUCGGGCGGAUCAUAUGUUAUCAUGAUAUAGCCUGUCGCCCUAAGGACGCCUUGAGGAACGGAUGA